UGGUAUGGCAGCGGCCUGAACACGCACGCCAUGAUCCAGCCGCGUCGCGAGUUCGCCGUCAAGGUCAUCGAGCUCAGUUCUCUGUGGAGCUCGGACCUGUUCGGUGGUUACUAUCCCCUUUUUAUGCUCAUGCCAGCUUACGCCCCUCAAUUCUGCUUCCCUUCAUGGAGAAACUGCAUGCCAUGA